AUGAGAAAACAGAAGAGAGAUCAGAGCCGCCGUGCCGGUUCCCGGGCCCGCAUCGGGCACAGCAGAGCUCGGAAUCGGCGGCUGCAGAGGGCGGGACGCCCACCCACAUGCAUAAUACAAGCGAUCCGGCGUCUCUACAGGCGCGGGAACGCCUGCGGCAAGUCUACUUUAUGGGCUCGGAUUUGUCAUAUAAUUGUCAUAUCUCCUUUUGUUUACCUAGGUGUAUUGGCCCUGUGGGCACUCAUCACACAUAUCAUGUAUGUACAAGACUUCUGGAGAACAUGGCUGAAAGGUCUUCGCUUCUUCCUCGGUAUUGGAAUUUUCUUCUUUAUCCUGGCCUUUAUAGCAUUCUUCACAUUCCUUGCACUAGCCAUAUCUAACCAUCAAUCAUUCAAGGAUCCAAAGAGUUUCUACUUGUCCUGCGUAUGGAGCUUCAUGUCCAUGAAGUGGGCCUUCCUGCUUGGCCUCUACUCGUUCCGUUACAGGAAAGAGUUUGCUGAUAUCAGCAUCCUGAGUGACUUCUGACCAGCAAAUCUCUUGUGACUGAAAGUGGAUUUUUUGUAAAUGGUCUUAACCGCAUACCAGCUCCUUGUCUGUCACCGAGUUAUUCCACGGUGACACCUGAAGGAAACGAGAUGUAAAGGGACUGAUGGAGCAUUGGGGAAUAUAGGAUGUUGCCUCCAUUCUCAUUUUAUUACAGCUCUCUUCAUCUAUAACUAGUACUUUUAAACAUUUAACUUUUUCUUUCUUAACCAAUGUUGUUCAUGGGAUUUACUAAGUAUUUUAACAGUGGUAUAGCUUACAGCUCCUGUCAGUCAAACGUAAUCAGCACAGUCACUUUAUCUCUGCUUUACCCAAAUGGAAAAAGAUUAAAAUGGUCUUGCAGUUUUAGCAUACAGGGCUUCUUUUGAUACAGUUUCCCUGAUGAGUUGUUCUUUUGGUAUCGACGCAGAUGUUUAUUUUUACUUUUUACUGGUUUUUAUGUGUUACGUUGAAUGUGCUGUAAGUGUUCAGUGUAAACACGCACAAUGAAUAUCGACUUUUUGUCUGCAAAACGCAACCCUUUUUAAUGACAUGGUUUCUUAAUAGAAGUGAAUGUAGGA